AUGACAAACUACCAAGACGUGGAAGAGCCAAUCCUGAAGGGCAUCCUCGGCAGAUCAGUGGGCAAGAUCAUGAUGAUUCAUCCGGAGGUUCUGGGCGCUGAAACCUUCGUCUACGAAGCGUGGCCUGCUGACCAGUGCGCGACGUGGGUGGCUAAAUUCGGCGAAUUCCCUGACAGAGACUGGAGAAUCGUGAGCCCCAAGAGAGGUAUGUUCUUUGGAAGAUUGAAAACUGAGGCGCUAUGUCUAAUGUAG